UUGCUCAAAGUUCCGCCUAUCUUAUACUGCAAACAGAAUCCGUGCUACUCCACCGCUGUGUAAAUGAUUUAAAAAGCAUCAACUUUCGAUUUGGCGGAUGACUUGACAGGGAAGAGGGAAUAGGCUUGUGUUUACAAGAAGUCAGAGCUCAAUGAGUGUACUGUACUCUGUAAUUACAUUUGCAACCUUGUACAUGUGACUAUUUAACUCUAAACGCUAUAGGCUACUCUAAAGGACUGUAUUUGGGCAGGUGUAUUACCUGUAAGUGCAACCGUGUAAGGGGCAAGGUUGUAUUCCCUGCCUUUGUUUACUACUUUUUCCGGCACAGUUCACACAGAUAGGUUGAUCAAAUUCUAUGCAAAUGAGAUGUAUCCAGCAGAUGGGAAAUACUGGUGAUUAAAAACUUCCCUCGCCACAUGUUGUCGCGCUUGUCUGUUCUAAUAUUGGACAUUUUCUAGCCUGCAUUUAAACCUGCUUACAGUCGGCCAAAUAAGCGCUCUUCCUUCAUUGAUAAUAGUGCGCGGAGUCCACCUAAACAGGAUCACAGGGAGUGAGCAGCUUCCUGGUCAUAAAGAAGUGUGUCUUGCUUCAAUUUCAGUGAUUGCCUACGUACCGCAGUCACCACCAGAGCGGGGUUAUUGACGCAGUGUGGAGUCUCCCAGCAGCAUUACCAACUCGGCUGCACUACAGACGCAUCCAUGAGCAAAACCGCGAUGGCCGUGGUACAGCUAGAUACCGAAGACCAUCAAUCGGAGAACGGCUUUGUGUCCCUCGAAACAGAGUCGCCGGGAUUGCUCACACGCAUUGACAGUUGUGUCUUGCCUUUUCUUGGGGGAUUUGGGAAGUACCAGAGACAGCUAAUCGUGCUGACAUGGAUUCCGGCGUUGUUUAUUGGAUUCAGCCAGUACUCUGAUGAAUUCCUUCUUGCCCAACCAAACAACACAUGUGUUCCGCCUAUGGCAAACACGACUAAUUUGACUAGAAGUCCUUUAUUUCAUGGUGCAAAUAAUAGUUUUCCGCGAACAGCGGCGUACGUUUAUACCAAUGGCACCCACAAUUAUACGGCUAGGCAUCUGCAACAUUGUAUGUGCAAAGAGUGGACGUUUGAGCUGCAUACCGGACUCAUUCAGAAUGUGGUUACCAAGUGGAGUCUGGUGUGUGACUCGGCAUGGAAGGUCCACAUCGCUAAGUUCUCUCUGCUUGUGGGCUCCAUAUUCGGAUACCUGGUCUUUGGGGUCCUGGCAGACUGGUUUGGUCGCCACCCGGUCCUGAUCAUCUCGGUUCUGUUCAUGCUGGUGUUCGGUUUGACCGUGGCAUUCUCGGUCAACGUUCCCAUGUUCAGCACCUUGCGCUUCUUCGAGGGCUUCUGCCUGGCAGGCAUCAUCCUCUCCCUCUACAUCCUCAGGAUUGAGCUGUGCCUACCAGCCUGGCGUUUCUCCAUGACCAUGGUUGCCAGCUUUGUGGUGCUGGGCGGGCAGCUCCUUAUGCCAGGGAUGGCAUACCUUUGUCGAGACUGGCAGGUUCUGCAGGCCGUCAUCAUCUGCCCACUGAUCCUCAUGGUCUCUUAUAUCUGGAUCUUCCCCGAGUCUCUGCGGUGGUUGCUGGCCACUCAACAGUAUGGCCGCUCCAAGUGGAUCAUGGGACACAUAGCCAAGAAGAACCAGGUUAACACUGAGCUGGACACUGAUCACAUCCUCACAGAGUUGCAGAAAGCUCUUCAGAAGAAGCCCAAAAAGACAUGUAUUGUUAAGAUGGUGGGGACAAGGAACCUGUGGAAAAACAUUGUGGUCCUCUGCGUGAACUCACUGACGGGCUAUGGGAUCCACCAUUGCUUUGCCCGCAGUAUGAUGGACCACCACGAGACCCACGAGUCCACCAUGUUCCACAACUUCUACGCUGACUACUACACCAUGGCGGGCAUCGCAGUGGCAUCAUGCAUUGCACUGUGCCCGGCGGUGUCCCUGAUGGGGAGGAGGGGUGGCCUGCUCAUGUUCAUGAUAAUCACUGCACUGGCAUCACUGCUGCAGCUAGGCCUGCUCAACUUACUGGGGAAAUACAGUGUACAUCUGAAUAUAGAGCGCUCGGAUACGCUGAAUAAGAACUUCUCCAUCGCCUUCUCCAUCAUCGGCAUGUUCUCCUCCCACGCUGUCAGCAACUUGAGCAUCUUUUUCUGCGCUGAGAUCACUCCCACCGUCAUCAGGGGUGGGGGUCUGGGCCUGGUGCUCGCCAGCGCUGGCUUCGGCAUGCUGACCGCCCCCAUCAUGGAGCUCCACAACCAGAAGGGCUACUUCCUUCACCACAUCAUCUUCGCCUGUUGCACCCUCAUCUGCAUCAUCUGCAUUCUCCUCCUCCCCGAGACGCGCUACCAGCCCCUGCCCGAGACCCUGGCCGACGGGGAGUGUUACACCCGCCAGCCCCUGCUGCCCCCCAGGAAGCCUGGCGAACAGCGCCUCCUCCUGUCUCAGUUGGAGAGCAACAGGGACUACACCCGGGUCCAUGACACGCCGCUGCACGAGGCGGCCGCCACCGCCGUCUCCACAAUGGAGUUCACGGCGUCCUCUGCUGUUGACCGCACAGCACCAUCGGCUAUUGAUAUUUCGGCGCCCUCCGCUAGGACUUUAAGGUCACACCAGCAUGAGUCUGAUGGCAAAUCCACUGAAGACUCCACUGAUAUACCCCUCAUUAAUUCUGUUUCCCCCUCAUCCACUUUCAUUGUUGAUGACGAGACAGCUCCCUCACCUACUAAAGACGUUACCACUGACUCCCUCACAGAAGAUACCCAUACAUCCAUCUUGGUCAAAACCAUUUCCCCUGUCACUGAAACUCUUCCCAUCUCUUUAUUGGAAUCAACCAUUCCUCCAGUACUUGAUUCAACCCCUACCUCCGCAUUGUACCCUUCCUCUCCCCCUGUCACAGAAUCCACCCAUAGUUCCGUAGUAGAUCCUUCCACUCCCCCUGUCAUAGAAUCCACCCCGGGUUCCGUAGUAGAUCCUUCCUCUCCCCCUGUCACAGAAUCCACCCCUAGUUCCGUAGUAGAUCCUUCCACUCCCCCUGUCAUAGAAUCCACCCCGGGUUCCGUAGUAGAUCCUUCCUCUCCCCCUGUCACAGAAUCCACCCCUAGUUCCGUAGUAGAUCCUUCCUCUCCCCCUGUCACAGAAUCCACCCCUAGUUCCGUAGUAGAUCCUUCCACUCCCCCUGUCAUAGAAUCCACCCCGGGUUCCGUAGUAGAUCCUUCCACUCCCCCUGUCAUAGAAUCCACCCCUAGUUCUGUAGUAGAUCCUUCCACUCCCCCUGUCAUAGAAUCCACCCCGGGUUCCGUAGUAGAUCCUUCCACUCCCCCUGUCAUAGAAACCACCCCUAGUUCCGUAGUAGAUCCUUCUACUCCGCUUGUCGUAGAAUCCACCCCUAGUUCCGUAGUAGAUCCUUCCACUCCGCCUGUCAUAGAAUCCACCCCUGGUUCCGUAGUAGAUCCUUCCACUCCACCUGUCAUAGAAACCACCCCUAGUUCCGUAGUAGAUCCUUCCACGCCACCUGUUAUAGAAUCCACCCCCACUUCAUUGGAUGCUCCAGAAGUAAUUGAAACUCCCCCUACCUCCACAUUGGACUCUCCCCCUGUCAUAGAAACCACCCCUACAUUGGACUCUACCACUCCCCCUGUACUUGACCUUCUACCCCCCUCUCCAACACCCUCCCCUACUCCUGUCAUCAAUGACAUUUUUCUCCCUCCCCCCAUGGUGGACUGUACGACUCCUAUUGAUUCUGCUGACCACAUAACCACAGACCCGAUCAUAUACUCUCUAGAUGACAAACUCCCCGCUCCUCCUCCCCCUACAUCAGACUGUACCAUUCCCCUUCUCACAGACUCUGUCCAUACUCCAGAGUUGGACUCUUCAUCCCCAUGUGUUAAUAAUGUUAUUGUUUCUCCCGCUUACCCUUUCAUAGCUCAUUCCCCUGUUCAUCCCCCCAUCCGCCCACUACCACCACCACCCAAUGACUCAGGUCAUAUCCCCACAACAGUGGACUCUUCCAUGCCCCCUGUCAUGGACACUGUUCACAGCCCCACUGUGGACUCUACCACUCUCCCCAUCACAGACAUUGUUCAACCCCUUUCAUUGGACUCUACCAUUCCGCUUGUCAUAGACUCUCAGCACCCCAAUGUAACAGACUCUGAGACCACAGAGGCGGCCACCGCUUCCACAAUAAUGGACUGCACCAUCUCCUCCCCCAUAGACUCAGGUAUCCUCCCUAUAAUGGACUGCACUAUCUCAGAAAACCGCGUCAUCAACGGGGUGGCGUCGUCAUGAUCCAAGGCUCUACCUCUGGAACAAGGAGGUGUGCCCCUCCCUCGUGGAGGAAGAAGCCCUGGACAUCCAGGUCACAUGUAUGGAGUCAUUAACUGGCUGAUCAGGCCUCAGACAUUUUGGCUGCUCUGUAGGGAGAAUAUAGGUGACAGACAGGAGAGGGAACAGCUUGAUAUGGGGACGAGUGUAUCUCUGUGACACCUUUUACUGGGAACAGCCAGAAAACAGGACAGGAGGACCGUGCUGCGGUGACAGUAAUGAGUGGUUACUCUGCCACAGUGUGGAACUGUAAAUAACUGACAUCAUCAGCUUUUUACAUAGCUGUUGUUGGGGGAAUCUGUAUGUGUCAUUUUAGACUGAGAUACUACCAGCCAAAACUCCCUUUGACUUCUUCUGACACUUUAUCCCAAUGCUUAGUUGGAGAUGCUAUACAUACCACUAAAAACCAUUUGACUGUACAUUUGCCUCAAUUGCAGACUUAGAUGUACGCCCAAUGUGUUUGAUGUACAUUUGCCUUAUGUAGAAGAAAAAAAAUACUUUAAGAAUACAAUGCAGAAUUUUGAAUGUCAACAGUGCCAGAUAUCUAAACCGAGUUUAGAGUGUCACCCAAUUGUUUUUGUUGUCGCUGAAAUUAGUUCUCAGAAACUGAAUGGAAUCUGUGUAGGGAAAAGAGCAAUUUGCCAAAUAUGAAAAACCAAAAGAAGGGCAAUAAAGUUUUGCCCCAAGUAUUGGAGGUGUUUUAAUGUACGAUGCAAUGAGUUAAAAAUGACAAGCGAAACAUCUCAAGACUUCAGUCCUUAGUGUUAUACAAGCAUGGGUGUAUGAAAAGGUACUAGAGAAAGAGAAUGUGGUGAACUGAAGAGACAUGUUCAUACGUUUAAAAGGACAAUGGACUGUUUAUGUUGAGAGAAGGAGAGCUGUACCGGUGACGUGGUACAAGUGAGAGGUCUGUUGGCACUUUAGGACUUUGUUGUGCUUGUUGACGUCGCGGUCCUGUAAGUGAAACAUCUGAGAAUUUACAGACUAUAUCAAUGUUUCAUGGGACAUUUGUUUCCACUCUUAAAAACGUUCAUGAAUUGUACUGUAUGCAAUUGGAUCUUGUUAAUGUGAUACUCUAGGUCAAAUUGCGUAGUUUGUUGUUGUGCUACUGAUGUUGCGCUUGAUCACAAAAACAAAAAAAUAUUGCUAUUAUUUCACGGGGGGGGGGUGUCCUUAGUGUAUAAAGAUAGGCGACACUGUUAACAUUAUUUGUGUGAAUGUAAGUGGCACUUUAAUCUUCGCUACGGGGACAGCAUGUAAACAAAAAUGUGAACUUUUCCAUGGAACAAAGAGGUGAUGUUCAAAUGUUACCUAAAAAAACACUUGCGCUAUCUCUCUGAAAUGGACACAUGAAUGACAAAAGGAUUUUGUCUUCAUUACAAAUGCAUCUGUCAUUGCCACCAUCUUGUGUGUGUUUUCUUCAUGUAAUUAGCAUACUUGGUGCCGUAAAAAUAUUUGUAGUAUAUUUCCCAAAUAAUAUACCAGAAAAUAUUUAAACUUCACCAAAGUAUGCAAAAUUGAUAUAUUUGUGAUAUUGACUCAAAUUCUGUUGCGUUUUGAAAUGUAGGCUUAUCCCUCUUUGUUUUUGUUAGUUUUUUACUUCAAAACUUAACUACCAUUUACUUGAAUUACUUUCAUUGUAAUCAAUACAGACAUGAUAGCGAAAUGUUGUCGUCAUUAUUGGAAAAAACUACAACAACAGUCUCUGAUUAUUUUAAUUAAAACAAAAAUAUAUGAAGAGCUUUCUUUUUCUUUGAAAAACCCAAAUGUCUAGUGUCAACGUCAUGUUUUACCAACGUCUGUGAUUGACUGACUAUUGACAAUAGUACAUACCGGGCAAACAAAAUGGUGGCUGUCAGUUCACUGGUCAGGCAAUUGAAUCAGAUUGUGAUGAGAUCUGUGUUGUUGUUAGACCACUGUUUACAAAUACAACAUCACUUGUUGUGAUGUAGAGCUUUUUUUCUUCUUUUUUUUAAUCUUUGACAUCUUGUCCCUUUCAAAUGCCAUGGAGUCCAGUCUUUUACAGUGUGUUUAAUAUAUAUUUAAACAGGAAAAUACAAUGGCUUUGGAGGUGACCAAAGUAUUAUGUAUCAUGCAAUAGCAGCCACUGAUCACUCUACUGUACACUAAUCAUACAGUAGUCAUCACAACACACACCGUCAUGUAGUUCUAUGGAUAUAAAAAUAACUAUGUAAAUACCAAAAGUGUAACAACCUACUUUCUGUUUAUUCUCCUGUUAUUUCCUGGUAAAUAAGCACACUGUUAAAGAAGAUAUACUUGUUGCUGUGGUCUUCAUUCCUAAUACUACAUACACCUUGUCCAGAAAAUGCAAGCAUGGUGGAGAAAGGAUAUGUGAAUCAAGUAAAACUUCAUUACACCCCUGUAUGAGUCUCUUAGCUUCUUUUAAUAUCUAAUAAACUUCACGCCUCAAACCAUAAUGUCUGCUGUACUCCUGUCAAGUCAGAUUAGUACAUUUGGUUAGCUGUGAUGUGAGGAUGGUGUUACUAACGCACGAUAGUCUAUUGACACUGGAACAACAUAAGAGGUCAAUCGUACAAAUGUUGGAGUAUAUUGUCUGCAGCUGUAGCAAUACUUCUCACCCCACAGUUCUUGAACUGCAACCGCUCUUAUCUUAAAAUGUCACAAUGCAACACAUUACAACCUUACAUUACAGUCUCAGAUUUCAUAUGUAAUCGCAACGUCCGCACAAGCAAUGGUGUAUGGUUAGUCAGAAGUAUAAUGAUUCAUUCUAUUUCUAUGGGUAGAGUGGGGUGAUGGCUUGGAAAGGGACUAUACUAAAACAGUACAAGUAGAUGGACAAUAUAAUACAUUGAGUAUACAGUUGUAAAGAAAAGGCAUUUAGAGAUGGAUUAGCAGACUGAUGUUAUGUAAACUGACUAUGAUUCGCUGUGCAUUGAUAGGUUUUGCUAUUAUACAGUGGUCUGGAAAUGGUUCUCAACUGAUCAAAUGACUCCCAUCAUCCUAAAUUGUCCCCACUGCAGCCAAACUAUGUUGCGGAAAUGAGAAAUAAUCCUGAUAUAACAGUUUCUGUUUUUGCAUGAUUUGAAUGAAUGAAUGAAUGUAAAAACAUGGAUGUGACCAGUUUUUAAUUUUCCCUUUUUUGUUUUAACUUGAAUAAUGCAUUUGUAUAUAAGCCAUAUGUGUCGUAAUAAACUUCACUAUUUAUUGAUCAA